AUGGCAUUCCCAUCGGCGGAGCCCUCUGCUGCGGCAGAUCUGUGGAGCAACGGCUCCUUCCCCGCAUUCAUCUUCAACGACACCUUCUUUAACGACACCUGCCUCUUCAACGUGACUAACUGCACCAACGGCACAGAUGCCGAACCUCGGCAUGGCACCAGCGUGGCUGGAGUCCUCAUACCUCUUAUCUACAUCAUCGUCUGCGUCAUUGGCUUGGGCGGCAACACCCUUGUCAUCCACAUUGUGCUGCAUUACUCCAAGACUGAGUCCGUCACCAACAUCUACAUCCUCAACCUGGCCAUUGCCGAUGAACUUUUCAUGCUGGGCCUGCCGUUCUUGGCCGUGCAGAACGCCAUGCACUCCUGGCCCUUUGGCUCCUUCAUGUGUCGGAUGGUGAUGACCGUGGAUGGGAUCAACCAGUUCACCAGCAUCUUCUGUCUGACUGUCAUGAGCAUCGACCGCUACCUGGCCGUGGUUCACCCCAUCCGCUCCUCCAAGUGGAGAAGGCCACAAGUCGCCAAAGCGGUCAACGGGACUGUCUGGGCAGUCUCGUUCAUGGUGGUCCUGCCCGUGGUGAUCUUCGCUGACGUGCUAAAGGAAAGCAGGAUCUGCAACAUUAUCUGGCCGCAGCCGACCAAAAUCUGGAGGGCUGCAUUCAUCAUCUAUACAUCGACCGUGGGCUUCUUCUUUCCCCUGCUGGUCAUCUGCAUGUGCUAUCUCCUUAUUGUGGUCAAGAUCCGCAGUUCAGGCAAGAAGGUACACGCCACCUCCACCAAGCGGCGGAAGUCGGAGCGUAAGGUCACACGCAUGGUGGUGAUAGUGGUGGCAGUGUUUGUUUUCUGCUGGCUGCCUUUCUAUGCCCUCAACAUUAUCAACCUGGUGGUCCCUCUGCCUGCCGAACCGCAAGGACUUUACUAUUUCGUGGUGGUGCUGUCCUAUGCCAAUAGCUGUGCCAAUCCCAUCGUCUAUGGUUUCUUGUCGGACAACUUCAAAAGGGGUUUCCGGAAAGCCCUGUGCCGUUCCUCGCGGAAGGUGGAGAACCACGAACAGGCGGAGCAGUUGCAGCAACAGCAAGAGGAGAGGAGGAGGGUGCUGAUGCCCAGGGAGAGCCUGAGGAGGGCCGUGAGGGAUGAGGAAGAGGAGGAUGAAGAGGAAGAGAGGGAAGAGGUGACGGAAAUGACGGAGAUCUGCAGGAUAGCUCAGAACGGUAACGGAAGUGGGCAGGUGGAAAGCGCUCACACUCUGUUCUCAGACAGACCCGUCACCUUGGGGCCAACAGAACCUGGUUCCCCAGACAGGAGAGGCCUGGGGGGGGAUGCCCCGGGAAAAGGCUUUGGGCCUCAGGUACCUCUGCUGAAUGGAGCUAAAAAUGGAAGUGUGAAACCGCUCCCAGAGGAGCCAGUGGAGAAGAAUGCCUCGCUGGAGAUCAGCUACCUGUAA